GCCGCGGAGGGCUGGGCGGCGGCGGGGCGGGCGGUGGAGGACGCUCGCUGGCUGGGGCGGCGGCGCUCGCGGCGCCCGGGAGCGAUUUCGUGGGCGGUGGUUACCCCGACUGUAUUUCCCGGAGGAGUGCCCGAGGCGCUUUAUUACUUGGUGCUGAUUGGAAGAAUAGUCAUGUCAGAAGAAGCAGUAAGUGAAUCCAAGUUUUCCUUGAAGACAGCGGCUGUCAAAGUGUUUGAUCUUCCUCUGUCUUGGUACAAUUCUUUCUCGCAGAUCAAAUUUUCACCAGUAGCUAAAAAGUUGUUUGUGGUAACUGCAGUGAGUGCUAUAUCUGUAAUUUUUCUGGCCCAUCAUUUUAAAAGAAGACGUGGGAAGAAGAAAGGAAAAAUAUUGCCAUGGGAACCGGAGCACCUCCUGCUUGAAUAUGCUAGAAGAGCAGCAUCAGAUAAAGGUUCAAGUUGUUCCAGUAGUAGACAGAAUUUGACGUUGUCUUUAAGUUCUGCCAAAGACAAAGGAUCUCAGUCUUGUAACUAUGCCAACGGAGGACUUUUCAGUAAAUACUCAGGUUCUGCACAGAGUUUGGGCUCUGUCCAGAGUGUCAAUUCUUGUCACAGCUGUGCUUGUGGCAAUUCUAACUCCUGGGACAAAGCAGAUGAAGAUGAUGUUAAACUCGUUAAUAUUCCUGUGACCACGCCUGAGAACUUGUACUUAAUGGGUAUGGAAUUGUUUGAAGAGGCGCUGCGUCGGUGGGAGCAAGCACUAACCUUCCGCAACAGACAGGCUGAGGAGGAUGCCUGCGGCUCCAUUAAACUGGGUGCAGGAGAUGCCAUCGCAGAGGAGAGUGUGGAUGACAUUAUCAGUACCGAGUUUAUCCAUAAACUAGAAGCUCUGCUGCAGAGAGCAUAUCGUCUCCAGGAGGAGUUUGAAGCUACCCUGGGGGGAUCUGGCCCUGAUUCCCUUGCCAAUGAUACUGAUAAAGACACAGAUACCACAGUGAAGGGAAAUGUGGAUGACGUUCACCGCCGAGACACCGUGAGCAUUGCAUCGACUGACUCCUUCGCCUCAGGAGCAGAGCUUGCAGAGCCCAGAGAAGUACAGCAGACCUACAGCCUGGAGUCUUUUUGCCACUGCCCUUUUUAUGAAGAAGCCAUGCGUUUAGUUGAAGAAGGAAAAAUUCACUCAAGAGUCCUGAGAACUGAAGUGUUGGAAUGCCUUGGAGACAGUGAUUUCCUUGCCAAGCUGCACUGUGUGCGACAGGCUUUUCAGGUAAUUUUUUCAGAAGUGUCCAACAGGAUAUUCUUGGCUGAGAGUGGAAAGAAAAUUUUAUCAGCUUUAAUUGUCAAAGCACAAAAGAAUCCAAAGAAGUUUGAAGAUGUGUUUGAUGAAAUGAUAUAUUUUUUAGAGCAGACUGAUCACUGGGAUCGCACUGAAAUGGAACUUGCUGCUAUAGGGGUGAAGAAUCUAAAUUUUUAUGAUGUUGUUCUGGACUUUAUAUUAAUGGAUUCCUUUGAAGAUUUGGAAAACCCACCGGUGUCCAUACAGGAUGUAGUAAAUAAUCGCUGGAUAAAGUCUUCCUUCAAAAAAACUGCUGUGGCUUCAAGUUGUUGGUCUGUACUGAAGCAGAAAAGGCAGCAGAUGAAGAUCCCAGAUGGGUUCUUUGCCCAUUUUUAUGCCAUUUGUGAGCAUAUAAGCCCUGUCCUGGCGUGGGGCUUUUUGGGUCCUAGAAAUUCUCUCUAUGACUUAUGUUGUUUCUUUAAGAACCAAGUCCUGUUCUUUCUUAGAGACAUCUUCGACUUCGAGAAGGCGCGCUACUCCAGUGUCGAGGCACUGGCUGAGGACCUGCUGCAGCUGCUGCUGCGCCGCACCGAGCUGCUCCUGGCCCACAUGGGCACCGAUGUCCUGCGCCAUGCCAGUGGCUGCAUGGGUGGCCACGGCCACCUUGUGUCUGCGGGGCUGGUGGAGGCCAAAGCACAGUGAGAACUGAGACACUCAGACAGGUUGUGGGGUGGGACGGUAUCUGCAAGUAGCUUGGUCUGUGCCAUGCAUUACAGGACAACAGAACUGGUGGAUCUGGACUCAGGGAAGCAAAAAAUGUCAAGUGGGGAGCAAGCGACUGGCCUAUAGGUAAACACAGCUUCUGUAGCUGCGUCUCUAUGUUGUAUAUUUGGGACUUUGCAUCUUCCUUCUAGAGGCAUUUAGUCAGGAAAUAUGUGUAAGAGGAAUAGUGCUUAAGUGAGGCCAGCGCUUGGUGUUAGUUGCGGGUCCUCUCAGGCUGUCUGACUGUCCCAUGUCACUCUCAGAAGCUGCGUUGCUGCUGAACACCUUGAAAACACAUUGCAGCCACGGCUGGUGGCCACACACGGGAAAAGGCCACCUGCAUCUGCACACUAAUUCUCUUGGAAGCGCAAUUUCAAUUGGAAUGUUACGCAUUGUUUAACUAGAUUUAGGCAAUUGUGAUGUUUCCUGUGUACUGCUUAGCUACUAUUUGUGCACUUAUUUAUGUACUUUUUAUCAAAGAAAUUGUACUACUGACUAUUGUUGUGAACCACUUAAAGGAACUGAUACCGAUAAGUUUACAGUUUAUGACUUUAUGUUAAAUUAACUGUGGUUUCCAAACUGUGUGAAUUCUUGGUCCUAGAGGUUACACUAGAGAGACUCAAGUACUUAAUCUUUUCAUGUGAUCUUUUCUCUUGGUGAAUAUUGAUUUAAGAUAUAAUAUGUUUAUUAUGAAAAUCAAUUAAAAUUUUACCUUUUUUUUUUGGGACUGGAAAUCAAACUCAGGACCUUGCGCUUGCCAGGCAGGCGCUGUGGCGCUGAGCUACGUCUCCUGCCAAAUUUUACCUUUCUGAGUGAGUUCUGUGGCUGACUCCCAACAGCCGGACAUGAAGCCAUUCUGUCUUCCCCCUCAGGACAGCUUUGAGCUGACCGCAGAGCUCCACCCACGGGGGGAUUUGGCAGAUUAUGCCCAUGUUUUUAAAACAGUCAUAAUUUGGAUCAGUGAGGUUUUAGGGAAGGCUUCUUUCUCCUCUGAUAUAUAACAAAAUAUUUUAAUGAUAUGAAAGUAUAUUUUGUGUCUUAAUGAUAAAUGUAUGAACGAAAGCGUUGUUCACGUGAGACUGCUCUUCAGAGUAUACGAGAUACUUUGGAGCUGCAUUAAUUCUGCUCCGCAGUGACAAUCCCACUCCUCUGAGGUGCUGACUCAGCCAGUGAUGGAUUAGAUUUGUCCAUUUUGCUCCUAAAGUGGGCCUUGUUCAUUUUAGAAGUGACAGAAAAGGAUCUAGAAAGCAUUUUUUAAAAUGUAUUUUUAGAUUAAAGUGCCUAGUUUCAGACUAAUGACAGAAUAGAAAAAGUGAAAAAAGGUUUACUUUUUGCUUUUUAAGACUUAAGUUUAUGUAUGUGCCAUGAUUAUGUAAAGUGAGUGCAAGGCGUGGUGAUGAGGGCGGGCAGUUCUGAGUGUGUACAGAAGGGAACACUGCACUGUCAAGGGUUACUCGGAUUGUUGCAGGACAUACGGCUCCUUCACAUUUUCUUCUUACUCUUUUGCUUUUGUCUUGUCCUUCUGACACAGGGGCUUGCACAGGAGUCCAGCCCGGCGGAGCUCACUACGCAGCCCG